AUGAUCCAGCUCAUUCGACAAAACGUGCAAAAAUCUUUGGAGCUCUGCUUGCCGCCUGGAGAAGAAAGAACAGAGCUCCUAGAGGCACAUGACCUCGUGAUUCAUGACGAGCCGAAGUUCGAUGGCGCCACUUCUCAUGAGGUGCGCGAUCAUUUUCAUGGUUGGGUGGCAGAACAACUACCAAAAGUAUUCAAGACACCUGAAACACUACAAAUGAUGCUUCAAUCGCAUUCAGACACAGAUCAACAUCCUGGGCCUGAAUUUGGAUUGGGAGCACGGUUCAACUCGGCCCUUUUCGUCGAUGAUAUUUGUUUGGAGUCUAUGGACCAUAUGCGUGAACCUGUUGUGAAGAUUAUGUAUAAGCCAUGGGGCGAUUUGAGUCCUGAGGAGAGGAAUUACAAAAUUGAUCCCGAGUGGCACGAUGGGACAACAGAUGAGUGGGAUGAGGAUGUUGGAUGGAUGUACAUGAGUGUUGGGGAUUACGUUGAUAUGUAUGACCGAUAUGCGUGGACCGAUGACUAUAUAUGGAUUGAUGAGUAUACUCGGCCUCCUCUGAUGAAUUCAUGUGACAAGGCAAAGCUACCGGGCUUCUGGCGCAAUUAG